AUGUGGAUUGGCAUAGCUAUUGGUUUCUUUGUUACCGGUUUGACGUACACAUUCUUCGCUCUCCGCACUGACUGGGUACAGCAGUCCAGGAAGGCACUGCAUAAUGUUCGGCAGCAGUCAACCGCUUUUGCUGACACUGACGUCACUGACGAGGGCCUCGUCAAAAUCAUAUCUUCUAAUGAUUACCCCGUUGAACCGUACUUGCCGACGGUUACUCGACGCUCCUGCAACUACGCGGUCAGAUUCCGCGUCUUCCUCUUCAUCCUCAUUGGAAUCAUUCUCUUUGCAUCUGUUGUGCACCGCAAGACCGUAGCUGUGCCUCUGUGGUUUAAGCUGUGUGUGGAGAGCCUGCGGCUGAAUGGUACCCUAGCACCCUUCUGUUCCAUGGAUCUUGCUGGUGUUAAGGCAGCUGCGGCUAUGUCGACCUGA